AACAAUGGGGAUUGGAAGCAACAAGCAAAGAAGUGUUUUCCAAGUUUUUACAACCAGUUCCAGAAAUCUUAGAAUGAGAGUCAAGUCACUAAAAACUUGUUAUGGAUUUUAACACUAAAAAAUUAUUCACAGCCUCACUACAAAUAGCUAGCCACCUGCCUAGAUGCCUGCCACAUCCAUCAAUUAUCAUUAAAAAAUCUUCUAGCUCAUUCAAAGUAUCUACCAUCUUCACAUGGCCUCUUCUAAUAACUUCGACUUCCCAUAUUUCCCUCCUCCACCACCAAGUCACCCUUUCCAUCCACCACCACCACCUCAUGUACGCCCACCUCCACCCCCUGCACCAUCACCAAGCGACAACACCACAAUCAUAGUCGUGGUAUUUGUCUCACUUGGUGGCCUUUUCUUCCUUGCAUUUCUUGCGGUCGCUCUGUGUUGCUUCCUCAAGAAAAAGAAGAAAAAGGAAGUUAAAGAAACCGAUCUUAUUCACGUGGAUGAACACAAGAAGGCGAAAGAGGCCAUCGUAGAAGGACCUCAUGGACCACAAGUUGUAAUUCUUGAUAUUGAAGACGAUGUGCAUGUUGAUGAAGUAAUCAAGAAGGAAGAGAAGUUGGGUAAAGGUUUGCAUGCUAAGUCCGUGGAGGGCAGUGCCCUUCAGGAAGGUGCACCCUCUUCUUCUUCUAAUCAUCCCCAGCUUGAACACAAGGCCUGAUCUAUAUAGUUAAUUAAUUAUUCGAUCAAUUUUAAAUUUCCUCGUCAUUACAAUGAUCACUUAAUGUUAAUGUGCUCAUUUGAAAAGAUUGAAAUGAAUUCUGCUGUAUAAUAAAACUGUGUGACAGUUCAAGAAUAAUUUAAUUUGUUUUGGUUCUUGAUUAA